AUGGCUCUCUUCCAGACUAUCAAGACUCCAACUGUCACUUACGAACAGCCGUUGGGAUUAUUUAUCAACAAUGAGUUCGUUAAGGGAAUUGAGGGGAAAACCUUCACUACUGUGAACCCUCAUGACGAAAACACAAUCGCUUCAGUGCAUGAAGGCACUGCGGCCGAUGUCGAUGUAGCUGUCAAGGCCGCCCGGCAAGCAUUCAACGGGCCAUGGAGCAAAGUGACUCCAACAGAACGUGGCCGCUUGUUGACCAAGCUCGCUGAUCUUCUCGAGCGUGAUAUUGAUAUUUUAGCCGCGAUAGAGGCCCUUGACAAUGGAAAAGCAGUAAGCAUGGCAAAAAUAGAUGUUACAAAUUCGGCUGGUUGCAUCCGCUAUUACGGUGGCUGGGCCGAUAAGAUCUACGGCCAAACUAUCGAUACUGAUUCUCAAAACUUUACUUACACUCGUCAUGAACCUGUCGGGGUCUGUGGCCAAAUCAUUCCUUGGAACUUCCCACUUAUGAUGUGGGCAUGGAAAAUCGGACCUGCUAUAGCCACGGGCAACACUGUUGUUAUGAAAACGGCUGAACAAACUCCUCUAUCAGCUUUGUUUGCUGCCAAACUAGUGAAGGAGGCAGGCUUCCCUCCUGGGGUGAUAAAUAUAAUUUCUGGGUUUGGCAAUACUGCCGGUGCAGCCGUAUCGGCCCACAUGGAUAUUGACAAAGUCGCUUUUACAGGGUCAACUCUUGUCGGUCGCACCAUUAUGCAAGCGGCAGCAAAGAGCAAUUUGAAAAAGGUUACCUUGGAAUUGGGAGGCAAAUCCCCAAAUAUUGUGUUUCCAGACGCUAAUUUGGAUGAUGCUAUUGGGUGGGUAAAUUUUGGCAUUUAUUUCAAUCAUGGCCAGUGUUGCUGCGCCGGAUCACGUAUUCUUGUGCAUGAGUCAAUUUACGAUCAAUUUCUGUCUCGCUUCAAACAACGAGCUGAGCAGAAUAUAGUUGGGGAUCCUUUUCACCCGCAAACUUUUCAAGGUCCUCAAGUCUCUCAGCGGCAAUUUGAACGUAUUAUGGAGUACAUCUCUACUGGCAAGAACGAUGGCGCCACUGUGGUAACUGGUGGAGCUCGCCACGGCGAUCAGGGAUACUACAUUCAGCCUACAAUCUUCUCGGACGUCAACGAAAAUAUGAAGAUCGUCAAGGAAGAAAUCUUUGGUCCUGUUUGCACAGUACAGAAAUUCAAGGACGAAGAUGAUGUAAUUCGCAUUGCUAAUAAUAGCAACUACGGAUUGGCGGCUGCUGUUCAUACAACAAAUCUGAACACAGCCUUGCGAGUAUCUAACGCAAUCAAAGCUGGAACGGUUUGGGUGAACAAUUACAACAUGCUACAUUACCAGGUUCCAUUUGGCGGCGUUAAAGAGUCCGGGCUAGGCAGGGAAUUGGGGUCGUACGCUCUGGAGAAUUACACUCAGAUCAAAGCUGUCCGUGUUUAUCUAGGAAAUGUUCCAUUUUGA